AUGGCAAUUUGUAAAUGGUAUGGUUAUCCAGACUUUUUUAUAACCAUUACCUGCAAUCCCAAAUGGCCGGAGGUUCAAAGGUUUCUUAAGGACACAAAUCUUAAUCCGGAGGAUAGGCCUGAUAUUUUAUCUCGAAUUUUUAAAAUAAAGCUGGAUUCAAUUUGUAAAGAUUUGAAAGACCGUGAUUUGUUUGGAAAAGCUUCUGCUGUUGUUUACACUAUUGAGUUUCAGAAGCGAGGAUUGCCUCAUGCGCAUAUGUGCUUAUUCAUGGAGAAUGAUUACAAACUUCCAACUGUAGACCAUGUUGAUCAGUUUAUUUCUGCAGAAAUCCCUGAUUUAAACCAAGACCCGGAACUAUAUACGCUUGUGAAAGACCAUAUGAUUCACGGUCCAUGUGGUAAUGCUAGAAUGAGCUCUCCAUGUAUGGUUGAUAGAAAAUGUUCAAAAGGUUUUCCCAAGAAAUUUCAAGAUCACUCAACCUUGGAUUCUAACGGAUUUCCCUUAUACAGAAGAAGAGAUGACGGUUCCUUCGUUUUAAAAAAUAAGAUUGAGUUAGACAACAGAAGUGUUGUACCUUAUAACAAAAAGCUUUUGAAAAGAUAUCAGGCGCAUAUAAACGUUGAAUGGUGCAACCAAGCGGCGUCAAUAAAGUAUUUGUUCAAGUAUAUUAAUAAAGGUCCUGAUAGAGCAACAGUUGCUGUGGUUCCGAGCAAUAAUGAAAACGAGCAAGCAGAAAAUGAUGAAAUUAAAGAGUAUUAUGACUGUAGGUAUAUAUCUGCGUGUGAAGCCUCUUGGAGGAUUUUUUCUAAUGAAGUUAAUUAUAGGAGUCCUUCUGUUAUGCGUCUUCCUUUCCAUCUUCCUGGACAACAAACAGUUUGUUUCGGUCCUGAUGAAGAUAUUAAUCAAGUGCUAAACAAACCAUCUGUGAACUCAUCAAUGUUUUUAGCUUGGAUGCAACGUAAUCAAGAUCCUAACGACCAUGUUGCACGUACACUAACAUAUGUACAGUUUCCGCGUUUUUAUGUGUGGAAGCUUGACAAGCGUAUAUGGGUUCCGAGAAUAAAAGGAAAAACAAUUGGAAGAAUUCAUUCCGUUUCUCCUUCUACCGGUGAAGCGUACUAUUUAAGAAUUCUUCUUAACAAAGUUAAAGGACCAACAUCGUUUGAUGAUAUUAAAACAGUUAAUGGUCGAGUGUACGAUACUUUUAGAGAUGUUUGCUAUGCGCUUGGUUUGUUGGAUGACGACUCGGAGUACAUUGAGGCCAUCAAAGAAGCAAAUAUAUCAGGUAGUGCAGGUUAUAUUCGCAAUUUAUUCGCCACCAUGUUACUGUCAAGCACAUUAUCUAGACCUGAAGUUGUCUGGGAAAGCACAUGGAAGUAUAUGACAGAUGAUUUUCUGUACAGAUUCUCAAAGUAUCAUCGUGUUUCAGGUUUAUCAAUUCCUGAUGAGCAACUAAAGAACUAUGUUUUAUGCGAAAUCGAGAAGUUUUUAACUCGGAAUAAUUCAUCGCUUCGGAGAUUUUUAUCAAUGCCUUACCCGGAUACUUCAUCUUUAGAUAACUUUCGCUGCCGAUUGAUUAACGAAGAGCUUGCUUAUGACAGAUCAGAGUUACAAAAUGUUUAUCAAGGUCAGGUGAAUUUGUUAACGGAUGAACAACGUGCAGUAUAUGAAGAAAUUAUGAACGCAGUUCAUGGAGACAAUGGAGAAGUAUUUUUUGUUUACGGUUAUGGCGGGACCGGUAAAACAUUUUUAUGGAAAACAUUGUCUGCUGCAAUUAGGUCAAAAGGUGAGAUUGUAUUAAACGUUGCAUCUAGCGGAAUUGCAUCAUUGCUGUUGGAGGGAGGAAGAACGGCUCAUUCUAGGUUUCAUAUACCUUUGAAUCUUAAUGAGGAUUCCGUUUGUCAUAUAAAACCAGACGACGAUGUAGCUAAAUUACUACAGCAGACCAAACUCAUUAUAUGGGAUGAAGCUCCUAUGGUUCAUAAACAUGCAUUUGAGGCUUUGGAUAGAACUAUGCAUGACAUUUUCAAUAUAUCUAAUCCAUCCAGGUCUGAUGUUUUAUUUGGAGGAAAGGUAAUUGUAUUUGGUGGUGAUUUUAGGCAAAUACUACCUGUUGUUCCAAACGGUGGACGUCAAGAAAUUGUGAAUGCCUCAUUAUGUUCUUCUUAUUUGUGGAGUAAGUGUAAGUUGUUGACGUUAUCUAGAAACAUGAGGUUAACUGUUGGAAGACCAUCAUCUGAAGUUGAAGAAAUCAGUAAUUUUGCAAAAUGGUUGUUGGAUGUUGGUGAGGGAAAUAAUUACAAUGAUCGUAAUUACUUUAGUACAAGAGCUAUACUUGCGCCUAAGAAUGAGGUUGUUCACGAGAUUAACGACAGAUUGUUGGCAGUAUUCCCUGGUGAAGAAAAAGAGUAUCUUAGUUCUGACAGUCUAUGCCCUACUGAAGAUGGCAAUGUUGAUCAGCAAAAAAUAUACUCCCCCGACGUGCUCAAUGGUCUCAAAGUGUCUGGUUUACCAAAUCAUAGGUUAGUGCUUAAAGUUGGUGUUCCAGUAAUGUUGUUGCGAAAUAUUGACCAACGAAAUGGUUUGUGUAACGGUACAAGGUUAAAGGUCACAAAACUUUACAGUUGUGUUAUUGAAGCUGAGAUAAUUUCUGGUGGUAAUAUUGGUUCUCGGACAUUCAUACCUAGAAUGAAUUUGGUACCUUCGGACCGAAAGAUUCCUUUUGCAUUCCAAAGGAGGCAAUUUCCAAUAACUGUAUGUUUUGCAAUGACGAUUAACAAAAGCCAGGGACAGUCGCUAUCUAAGGUUGGGUUGUACCUAAGACAACCAGUUUUCACACAUGGUCAAUUGUACGUAGCUUUAUCCAGGGUUACAAGACGAGAUGGAAUCAAGUUACUAAUACUUGACAAUGAUGGCAGGCCUACAAAUAAAACAACCAAUGUUGUAUAUAAAGAGAUAUUCAAUGGAUUGUGA